AUGCCCGAGGCCGCAGCAGAUGUCGCCAUGAUGGAUGACAUCGGGCCUACCACGCUCUCGGCCGUCGAGCGCGUCAAGGCCAUGACGCUGGAGGAGGUGCAGCAGCUGCUCGCCCGAGCGGGGCCCGAGGUGCAAAUCGUCAAGGGCCCCGAUGGCGCGCCGCGCCUGCGCCGGCGGCGCGACAAGGCAGUCAUCGGUGCCAAGGACGGCCCGCGCGUCUUCACGCUCGCGCAGCUGCUUGUCGUCCUCGCCGCGAUCCCGGCGGUGCUGUCUGCACUGUUCCUGCUGUGGUGGCGCCCGCACCUCGGCCUGCUCGGCGGCUCCACGGCGGUCGGCCUGCUGGGGGGCGUGGCGUUCGCAUACCUCUACUCGAAAAACGCCAAGCGCAAGCAGCAGUAUCUGCAGCUGUUGAGCCAGGACCCCGGGCUAAAGGGGUGCCAGUACCUGCUGGGCUGCGUGCCGUCUUGGAUCAGCCUCACAGACCGCGAAAAAAUGGAGUGGUUCAACAAGCUGCUGGGGGAGCUGUGGCCCUACUAUGACCGGGGUAUCUGCAAGGUGGUCAAGGAGGUGGUGGAGCCCAUCAUGGACUUCUACAGGUGUGUGUGGGGGGGUGGUGGAUUGGUCGGUGGAACGGGAGGGGCCAGCAUGAGGGGAGGGGGCGCAUUGGGCGCCGGGGAUGCGGGGUGA